AUGGUCAACGAACGAUCGCCUGUGAAGGCGCCUCUGAAUCCCGUGGAGCCCAACGACCAAGCACCUAGGAUGGCAGAAAGUGCAUAUCCAUCCAAGCCUCCAUCGAGUGUCCCCCAGUUUGGACAGCCCACUCUCCCGAACUCACCCUUCAAUCGACCACAACCUCAGACUCAAUUUCAAUCUCAGCCUAAACCGUCGGCCCUCUUCAUUCAGCCAAAAUCUCGACCAGAGCAUCAUAGAGAUGCACCUGCACAUCCACAUCUUCACGCUAUGAAGGAUGCCACUCGAAAGGUCGUGGAUCCAUUUUUGCCAAGGGCUCCCGCAGUUUAUAACACAGCUCCGGUUCCUGCACCGAUGCCUAUAGUACCAUCCUUCACUACGACGAAACAAAUGGCAGCCCCCAGCUUCGGGUCAUCAGGGAACGUAUAUGGUGGCUUCCAGUCGGUCAACCCUUCCAGCAACUACGUUGACCUUACCACAAACCAAUAUCGUACAUCUACUAUGCCUGAUCCAUUUACAUUUGUUGAUCCUGCUAAAGCACAAGAGGAUCUUAAAGCACUAUUGGAAGGUGUGAUGGAAGAUGAAGAUGAUGUGCCCAGAACUAGAUCACGAAGAAAGAGAAAGGAUGCUGAGGUUGACAGCCUUACAGCUAAGUUAAAGGGUCUCGACGUCGAUGAAGAGAAGCUCGAAGUCGCCUCGGACGAUGAAGAGGACGACGGAACUGUUGAGGGCAUCAAAUUCAAGUUGCUUCCCCACCAAGUUGAGGGGCUUGAGUGGAUGACAGACAGAGAGCUUGGUACCGGCAAGAAGGGUAGAGUUCCUAAGGGAGGAAUUCUUGCAGAUGACAUGGGACUUGGAAAGACUUUGCAGUCCAUCGCUCUCAUCCUCAACAACCCAAAACCAACGGAUGAAGAUGUUCUUGCGAAACGGAAACUGCCUUCCGGUGUUGAAAAGUGUACUUUGGUCGUGGCUCCUUUGGCACUCAUUCGUCAAUGGGAGGCCGAAAUCAAAGACAAAGUCGCGAGCUCGCAUUCGCUCCGUGUAAUUGUUCACCAUGGACCUCAACGCACCAAGCGUUUUCAAGACCUAAAGAAAUAUGACGUUGUGAUUACAACAUAUCAGAUUAUGGUCUCUGAAUUCGGCAAUUCCUCUGAUAGCGACAAUGGUAUUAAGGUCGGAUGUUUCGGUCUUCACUGGUAUAGAGUUAUUCUUGACGAGGCUCAUACAAUCAAGAACAGAAAUGCCAAAGCCACUCAAGCCUGUUAUGCUCUGCGGAGCGAGUAUCGAUGGUGUUUGACUGGAACACCUAUGCAAAAUAACUUGGACGAGUUACAGAGUUUGAUCAAGUUCUUACGUAUCAAGCCAUAUGAUGAUUUGCGAGAGUUCAAGGACCAGAUAGACCGGCCUCUAAAGAAUGGGCGUGGCGACGUAGCUCUCAAGCGUCUCCGGGCAGUCUUGAAGAUCUUCAUGAAGCGACGUACCAAGGAUAUUCUCACAAAAGAAGGUGCGUUGAAUCCGGGUGGAAAACCAUCUGCUCCGGGAGAAGAGAGCACAACCGGAUUCAAGGUCACCACACGAAAAAUUGAGAAGAUCGCCGCGAUAUUCUCACCUGAAGAGCGUCGCUUUUAUGAACGUCUUGAGCAGCGGACGGACGCCAGCAUUGAGCAGAUGAUGAGCGGCGAGAAAGUCAAUUAUGCCAGUGCUUUAGUCUUGCUCUUGCGUCUCAGACAAGCCUGUAAUCAUCCAAAGCUAGUUGCUGGCAAGCUUGCGAAGGAUAGCGAGGCUCUUGCAGGUGACACAUCGAGUCAAAAGGCAAAAGCAUCAAAUGCAGACGUUGAUGAAAUAGCCGAUAUGUUUGGAGCUUUGGGCGUUGGCUCCAAGAAAUGCGAAAUUUGUCAGCUUGAACUCGGAAAGCAAGCUGUUGCAGACGGGGCUAUUCGAUGCUUGGAUUGUGAAGCAGAUCUCGAGGAUAUCAGUAAGAAGCCCAAAUCUCGGAAAGAUAAGAAGAAGAAGAAGAAGAAUGUUGUCAAAUCAGAGGCCAAUCCCGUUGUCCGGAAGCCCCGAAACCGGGCUAUCAUCACUGACAGUGAUGAUGAGGAGGGAUCCUGGGUUGUCCCAGAGGCAGAACAAGGGUCGCUAAAGCUUGGAAAAGCUGGUGGUCUUGCUGAUGAGAAUGCCGAAGGCGGCGGCGAGUGGCUUGAUUCGGACGAUGAUACGUUCCCGGAUCUUCAGCACAUUGGCGCUCUACAAAAGCCAACCAAAGUUGACACAUCUGACUCUGGCUCUGAUGAUGACGAGGAUGAAGAUGAGACCGAUUCUGAUGAGGAGGUCGAGGACGAAUUUCAGUCGGAUUCGGACGAGGAAGCUCAGCUUGCCACGAUAGUAACCUCGACUAAGAUCACCCACUUGAUCCAGAUCCUCGGCAAGGAAAUUGCGGAGCAUAAGUUCAUUGUCUUCUCACAAUUCACAUCGAUGCUGGAUCUCAUCGAGCCUUUCCUGCGCCAGAAGGGAUUCAAGUUCACCCGAUAUGACGGGAGUAUGAGAAAUGACCUUCGCGAGGCAUCUCUCAGUAAAUUGAGAAACGACAAAAGCUGUCGAAUUUUACUUUGCAGUCUCAAGUGUGGAUCUUUGGGUCUGAAUCUCACUGCCGCUACUCGAGUUGUAAUUUUGGAGCCAUUUUGGAACCCAUUCGUGGAAGAGCAGGCUAUUGACCGAGUCCAUCGUCUGACGCAGAAAAUUGAUGUAAUCGUCUACAAGAUUACUAUCGCUGACUCAGUUGAAGAGCGGAUUCUAGACCUUCAAGAGAAGAAGCGCGAGCUUGCAAAGCAGACGCUGGAAGGUGGCAAGGGUGCUGCAGGAAAGUUUGGAAUGCAAGAGAUCUUGCAACUCUUCCGUCGUGAUGCUGAACACGCUCCCCCGGGUCCCGCCGCUGCACAAUACGAUCUUGGGUCUAAGCCAAGAAUAUUGAAGGACGGCCUCAAUACGAACAGUGGUAGCUCGAGUCGAGAGGCAUCUCAGUCUGGCGCUCGCAAGGUCACUCCUCUUACAACUCGGCCUACUAGCUCUUCUACGAGGGAGAAUGAUGUUUAUAGUAGAAGAUGGUAA